UUUAAGCGGAUUGUUUACAAAUGGUCUCAGAGUAUUGUUGUGUGUGUUUCGUGUGUGAUAAUGUUGUGUGUAUGUGGUUUCAGUCUGAUUGUGCAGACAUUCUUAUGGUGAAAAACAAUUGUUUUAGGCAGCUGGUGCAUAGUCGUUAACAAAUAAGAAUGGCUGAGAACCGAGAUGACUGUCACAAUGAUAUCUGUCAGGAUACGCAAAUAGGCGGGGACAGGGGUACAGAUCUGCUUAGCGGUACUGCCGAUAGCGAGGAUAAGAGAGGGGAUGUUUCUAAUGUUGACACUCCUAGUGAUAUGACAAAGGACGAGACACACAAGCCUGAAGAAACUCCAGUAACAGACAGUGUGUCAAGCAUAUCUUAUUCUAUUGAGGAGGUUGUGUGCAUUACUGGAGCAUGGAACGAUUUCAGAUCGCGCGAGGAGUGCUACACAAAAGGAUGUAAAUGGGCCCCUGAUGGAACCUGUGUUGUUACAAACAGUGUAGACAACGUAUUACGCGUAUAUGACUUGCCACCAGAACUUCAUUGUCAAGAGACGUGGGAUAAAGACCGCAAUCUCUCAGAACUGAAGUCAGUCCUUGCAAUUUCUGUGGGGCGCCAAGUGUAUGAUUACAGUUGGUAUCCCUUAAUGUCUUCAGGAAACCCUCUUUCAUGCUGCCUGGUGAGCACAAGUAAAGACAAUCCAGUUCAUAUGUGGGAUGCCUUCACUGGUAAAUUAAGGUGCUCGUAUCGAUGUUUUAAUCAAAUGGAUGAAAUUGUGACUCCACAUUGUGUUUCCUUUGACACUACUGGUGAAAAGUUAUACUGUGGUCUCAAGAAUAUGAUAAAAAUAUUCAACACUGCCUACCCUGGACGUGAUUGUGACACUAGGAAUUUGAAAUUGCCAAUGUACCAGAAUGAAACUAAAAUUGGAAUUGUGUCAUGUGUAGCUGUGAACCCAAAUCUUAGUAGUGUCUAUGCUGUUGGCACUUACCUUAAGACUGUUGGUCUGUAUUCUGAACCAGAUGGACAGUUACUUUGUUUUUUGAAAGGGCAGAAAGGUGGUGUAACACACAUUGCCUUCUCACCAGAUGGCACAAAACUUCUAAGUGGUGGUCGCAAAGAUUCAGAAAUAAUUUGCUGGGAUUUACGAAAUCCUGGUACUGUUCUCUUUGUUCUCCAGCGAGAAGUUACAACAAAUCAAAGAAUAUAUUUUGACAUCAGCCCUAAUGGAUGUUAUGUCAUGUCAGGUGGCACUAAUGGUAUUGUAAAAAUUUGGGAUAUUCAGCGACCACCAGACACCUCGCUUGGCGAUCCUGUACUACAUCCUCUAAAAACCUUUGUGGCACACAAUGACUGUGUUAAUGGUUUAAGCAUACAUAAGCAGUAUCCAGUUCUUGCAACUUGCUCAGGGCAGAGGCAUUUUGAGGAUCUCUUUUCUGACAGCAGUUCAGAUACAGAUCAGUCUCCUACAGAAUAUGAUUCAGACUGCCAUAUUACAAAAGUCAAAACAAAAAGUGAAAACAGUCUAAAACUGUGGUGGGUAGGGCCAAAGAAACAAUGAAUACAUUACAACCAACUUCAUAUUGUAUGUAAUGUUAGAGUCAGGAAAGGACAGUAAAGUACAAAGUUAAUGAUAAUUUGGCUACUCUAACUGUUGCAGAAGAUUAUUCUGUCAGUGAUAGACUUUAACGUGAAUGUCAUAAAUGAAAAAAAUUAUAUUCAUUAAUUUCCAUUGUUGACUUUCAUGAUUAGAUUUUAUAGCUUUAAUUUUUUUAUAUUGAGGUUGACCAAAACUACUGUCAUGGGAAAGAUAGACUGAAAUAAUCUCAGACUGUGAUAAUUUAUGUUAAAAAGACAUUUAAUACCAUUAAAUGUAUUUAUUGUG